GUCAUGAAGCAGCAGAGACAGCUGGCAACAUUAGCAACUCGUCUGACCCAGGAACGCUAAGGAAGGCGCAGUGCAGUGCUGGGUGAGGAUGUUUCAUAGAGGAGAGGAGUCCCUGAAGAUGCAGAGCACUGUGGCAGCAUCAGAAGCUGACAAUGAUCAAUUGAGAGCAGCCCACAGAGCCAGUCCUCUUACAGCUGCAGAAGUGGUCAGAGAGCUCACGGUGCACCUGUCAACGGUCAUUUGGCAUUUGAAGCAAAUUGGGAAAGUGUAAAAGCUUGAUAAGUAGUUGCCUCUUGAGUGAAAAUCAAAACCACUGUCCUGUCAGUGGCUAUACAGCAAUGGACCUGGUCUGUUGGACUGUGAUGUGUGCCAAAAAAUGGUUUACGUACAACCACCAGUGUCAACCUUCCCAGUGGCUGGUCUGAGAAGCAAUUGCAAAGCAUGUUCCAAAGUCAAAUUCACACCAAAAGAGGGUCAUGGUUCGGUGGUCUGCUGCUGAUCUGAUCCAGAUUUCUGAAUCCCAGCAUUGUCAGUACAUCUGACGAGUAUGCUCAGCAGAUUAUUGAGAUGCUGAGAAUGACACCACCUGCAACUUGCAUUGUCCACAGGAAGGGCCAAGUUUUCUUCAUGACAACACCCAGGAGGCUGCACUGUGCACAACCGGUACUUCAGAAGGGAAAGGAAUUGAGCUAUGAGGAAAAGCCUCUUCUACCAUAUUCACCUGACUUCUCACCAAGCAACUUCUACUCAAGUAUCUCAACAAAUAUUUUUAAGAUAAAUACUUUAUAGCCAGCAGGAUGCAGGAAAUACUUCCCAACAAUUCUUCAAGUCUUUGAAGAAGGACGAUAAAGACUACGCUUUAAAACAAAUAGAAGGAACUGGAAUUUCUAUGUCGGCAUGCAGAGAGAUAGCAUUACUUCGAGAGCUUAAGCACCCAAACGUCAUCUCUCUUCUGAAGGUGUUUCUGUCUCAUGCUGAUCGGAAAGUAUGGCUUCUCUUUGACUAUGCUGAGCAUGACCUCUGGCAUAUAAUUAAGUUUCAUAGAGCUUCGAAAGCCAACAAGAAGCCAGUUCAGUUACCUCGGGGAAUGGUGAAGUCACUGUUGUACCAGAUCCUANAUGGGAUUCACUAUCUUCAUGCCAACUGGGUGUUGCACAGGGAUUUGAAACCUGCUAAUAUUUUAGUUAUGGGUGAAGGUCCUGAGCGAGGAAGAGUAAAAAUUGCUGACAUGGGCUUUGCCCGGUUAUUUAAUUCGCCUUUGAAGCCCUUAGCAGAUUUGGAUCCAGUGGUUGUAACAUUCUGGUACCGAGCUCCAGAGUUACUCCUCGGAGCGCGACAUUAUACCAAAGCGAUUGAUAUUUGGGCUAUAGGGUGUAUAUUUGCAGAACUACUAACGUCAGAACCAAUAUUUCACUGUCGACAAGAGGACAUCAAAACUAGUAAUCCUUAUCACCAUGACCAGCUGGACAGAAUAUUCAAUGUAAUGGGAUUCCCUGCAGAUAAAGAUUGGGAAGAUAUAAAAAAGAUGCCCGAACAUUCAACAUUAAUGAAAGAUUUCAGAAGAAAUACGUAUACCAAUUGCAGCCUUAUCAAGUAUAUGGAAAAGCAUAAAGUUAAACCUGAUAGUAAAGCAUUCCACUUGCUUCAGAAGUUGCUCACUAUGGACCCAAUAAAGCGAAUUACCUCAGAGCAGGCCAUGCAGGACCCCUACUUCCUAGAAGACCCACUUCCCACAUCAGAUGUUUUCGCCGGUUGUCAGAUCCCGUAUCCCAAACGAGAAUUUUUAACAGAAGAAGAGCCUGAUGAGAAAGGAGACAAAAAGAACCAGCAGCAGCAGCAGGGCAAUAACCACACUAAUGGAACUGGCCAUCCAGGGAACCAGGACAGCGGCCACGCACAGGGGCCCCCCUUGAAGAAAGUGAGAGUUGUCCCUCCUACCACUACCUCAGGUGGACUCAUCAUGACCUCCGACUAUCAGCGUUCCAAUCCACAUGCUGCUUAUCCCAACCCUGGACCAAGCACAUCACAGCCCCAGAGCAGCAUGGGAUACUCAGCUACCUCCCAGCAGCCUCCACAGUACUCACAUCAGACACAUCGGUACUGAGCUGUGCUGGAGUCUGUCAGUGCACUGUUGCUCAUGCUGCAGGACUGGCUGCGGCACUCUGCGGGAGCCUGGUGUGGGCCAUGCGAAUGUACUGUACAACCACAUCUUCACAAUGUCCAGUAGCCGAGUUCCACCAGUUGUCACAGAUUGGGGUGGUAGCUUCCAGGUUGUACCUAAGUUUGGAGUUAGACUUGAAAUGAAAGUGCUAGCACAGUUGUGUUGUGGGUUUGCUACUUCCAUAGUUUACUUGACAUGGUUCAGACUGACCAAGCAUAGUUUUCAGUGACAGUCUGUAGCAGUUGAAGCUGUGAAAUGUGCUAGGGCGAGCAUUUGUCCGCGUGUGUGGUGACUUUCAGUGUAACAGCGUGACCUGACCAAUAGUACACACAGACGCAAGGUUUAACUGGUACUUGAAACACAGAUUAUGUUAACAAAAUAACCAAGAUUUAAAGAUUAUUUUGGUACACCUUUCUUUUUAGUGUCUUAUCAGUGGGUUGAUUCAUCUUCUACAUAAAUCAGUGUUUUAUGACCAAGAAUAUUGCUUGGAUUGUUUUGAAAGUACAAAAGAACCACAUAGUUUCUACUGACAGGUUUCAGAACUCCCAAAGAUUAAUUUCCAACUUAGAGGUUUGUUUUUAUUUUCAACCUAUGACUUGACUGGUCUUAAAGCUGCUAUUUGAUAGUAAUUAAAUAUGUUGUCAUUGAUAGAAGCCUGUUGGUUCGGCAAGCUGAAAUGAUUGUUGCAGACAGUGUUUUCUUUCCCUCGUGGUGUUGCUGAUUUGUGAGCAUGCUUUCUGAUUACAAAAGCAUGAGUGGCGACCUCUGCGAGGCACGGCGACCUCCGCGAGGCACGGCGUCAGUCCGCACUCUUCUGUCCUGAUUUGAAGCUGCCUAGUGUAGUGCUAUUACAAUUUUGUUCAGUUAACUUUCUUUUUAAGAGGUUGUUCGCAUAUUUUUAGGGUGCCCUUACUUCAGCAAAGGAGAGGGAGUAGGAGAGCCUUAGGACUUUUGAGGGGAGAAUAAAAAGCUAUAACAUACAACGUACUGUAUCCAACUAUUUUACAUGAAUGACACAAGUAUUCUGAAUAAAGAAAUUGAACAUUGUUAAAAACAAGGUGUUAUGUAAUAAAUUUAUUUUUCAUAAAUCAA